UUCAUAAUCAUCCCUGCAGAAGAAAUUCAGACAUUGCGUUUAUCCAAAAUAAUAACAAAGUUGACAAGACAACUGAAUUCAUCUAAACUGGAUCUCCUCUUUAAUUUAUCUCCUUUUUUGUGAUCAUGAAUUCAAUAUAACUAAAUGCAAUGUUUUUGAGGUGGUGAUGAUAAUUUCACAGCAGAAGGAACUAGAGAGUCAUCUGGUUUUUGGUUUUGGUCGGAUAAAAAUUGGUUUCUGGUUUCCAGAGGUGUCAAUUUGGGUGUUUAAAUUGGAGUUUGAUCUGCUUUGGGUCACCCUGCUAUUUUCAUUAUUGGAUCAACCAUAUACUUCAUGGGGACCGAACUUGUUAGACAUUGUGUCAAGGAAGAGGCUAUGGACAUCUCCACAAUUCCUCCUGGCUUUGAAUCACUUGCAUCCAUGCUUAAAAAGGUGGAUAAUGAAAAUAAAACAAGUUGCUCAACCCCUGCAAGUGACUUGCAAUUGCAGAGAUCCAAGAUGGAAACAGAUUGUGAGCCUCUGGAGGGUGUUAAAAUGAAGCCUCAAAGACGGCGACGGCGAUCAGAGAUAAAAUAUGACCAAGUUGUUAACAUUUCAGAAGAUGAAUCUGACUGCGAGCAGAACAUCUCUUUAAGGUCUCAUCUUCCAAAAGGGGUUGUCCAUGAAUGUGAAGAUAGUGUCAAUUGCCCAAAGGUCACUGCACAAUGGCGUCCAGAAGGAGCUUGCAGGCCUGAUGUUCAGGAUGCUCCAGUGUUCUAUCCAACUGAAGAGGAAUUUGAAGAUACUCUAACAUAUAUAGAGAGUAUACGGCCCAGAGCAGAAGCAUAUGGAAUUUGCCGUAUUGUACCUCCUGCUUCAUGGAAACCUCCAUGUCCUCUAAAGGAGAAGAACAUAUGGGAAAACACCAAAUUUAUUACUCGUAUACAAAGGAUUGACAAACUUCAGAAUCGGGAUCCAAUGACAAAAAGAAUAAAAAUUAAUCAUUAUAAGAAAAAGAAAAGAAGAAGAUAUGCUAAAGCCGAUAUCAGGGCUCAUGGUGAGGCUGCAAAUGACGAGUCUGAGAGAUUUGGGUUUGAAACUGGUCCAGAGUUUACUCUGGAUUCAUUUCAGAAAUAUGCUGAUGAUUUCAAGGCCCAAUACUUCAGAAAGAAUGAAGCGCAAUGGGAGCCCUCAGUGGAAAAUAUUGAGGGGGAAUAUUGGCGUAUGGUCUUGAAGCCCACAGAAGAAAUUGAGGUGCUUUAUGGUGCUGACUUGGAAACUGGAGCCUUUAGCAGUGGGUUUCCUAAACAACCCCAUCAAAUAGGUUCUGCUUCUGAGAUGAAAUACAUAAAUUCAGGAUGGAAUUUGAAUAACUUCCCCAAACUUCCAGGUUCAGUGCUUUCAUAUGAGAGCAGUGAUAUAUCUGGUGUUCUUGUGCCCUGGCUGUAUGUAGGAAUGUGCUUUUCCUCUUUCUGUUGGCAUGUUGAAGAUCACCAUUUAUACUCUUUGAAUUACAUGCAUUGGGGAGCUCCAAAAAUGUGGUAUGGUGUUCCUGGUGUAGAUGCUCCAAAGCUGGAAGCUGCUAUGAGGAAACACUUGCCUGACCUCUUUGAGGAGCAGCCAGAUUUGCUUCAUAAGCUGGUAACACAACUUUCCCCUUCCAUACUGAAGUCUGAAGGAGUGCCAGUUUAUCGAUGUGUUCAAAACUCUGGGGAGUUUGUUCUCACCUUCCCUCGAGCAUAUCAUGCUGGUUUCAAUUGUGGCUUCAACUAUGCUGAAGCUGUAAAUGUAGCUCCAAUAGAUUGGUUACCCCAUGGACAGACUGCUAUUGAGCUCUAUUCUGCUCAAAGCCGCAAGACAUCCAUUUCACAUGAUAAACUUUUGCUUGGUGCAGCAAGGGAUGCAGUUAAAGCACAAUGGGAACUUAGUUUACUGAAGAAGAAUACUUCAGAUAAUAUGAGAUGGGGAGAUGUUUGUGGACAAGAUGGGGCAUUGUCUAAAGCAUUAAAGGCUCGUGUUGAGAUGGAACGAGUUAGGAGGGAAUUUCUCUGCAAUUCCUCAAAGACAUUAAAGAUGGAGAGCACUUUUGAUGCUGAUUGUGAGAGGGAAUGCUGUGUCUGCUUUUUUGAUCUGCAUCUCUCUGCAGCAGGAUGCCACAAAUGCUCACCUGUAAAAUAUGCAUGCUUGAAUCAUGCAAAACAAUUGUGUUCAUGUUCUUGGGGUUCUAAAUUCUUCCUUUUUCGUUAUGACAUUACUGAGUUAAAUGUGUUGGUCGAAGCUUUGGAGGGGAAACUAAGUGCAAUAUAUCGAUGGGCAAAGCAAGAUCUGGGACUGGCCUUGAGUUCAUUUAUAAACAGAGAGAAUAAGGUUCCCGGGCUCAUGGGUAAGUUAUCUUGCUCUUCUGCAGGAUUGGGAACAAAAGAGGUAAAUUCAAUACCGGUUGUAGCUUCUUUACCACAAGAGAAGAAAGAGGAGAAGGGUGAGGAACUCUUGAAAGCAGUUAACAGCACCUAUACCUUGCAGAAAGAUAAACCGCAUGGUGAGCCAGUGUCUUCUGAAAAGAAGCUGUCUUUGGCAGUACAAAAUUUUCUCCGUGGAGUCAAGGAAACAAACAACAGUUUCCAAAAAAGAAGCGAAGGAUCCUCAAAGUUGCUUCCUGGUAAACAAACUCAAGUUAGUCAGAUUUCCCAAGAGUGUUCAUCAUCCAAUAAAACCUUAUGUACAGAUAAGCCUGCAGUAAAAACUUCAAUUCCCCAAGAUGAUGAGGUUAUUGUCCUCAGUGAUGAUGAGACAGAGAAGCCAAAGAUAACAGUUCUUGGGAAAGCAAAGGAUGUUCCUGAAAAGUGUAAAGUUGGCUCAAGUUGCAGUGAUUUAGUGCCCAUCUCGACUGUCUCCACAAGUAAUUCUACAAUCAGUGGAGAAAGAAUUAAUUCUUCGUAUGUACCCAGCUGCAUAAAAGCUGAGAAUGCUCAAGCGGAAACAAGUCAUGCUCUACAAAGUCAUUCCCUCCAUGACAUUGUGCCUUCCAAUGUUGAUGCUAAUAAAAAUGUUGAGGGUCCUCAGAGAGCGGAUAGUCAAAUGCAACAUCUGCAACCAUGUGAAAGCAAACCCAAUAACGAAGAUAUUCCUAAGAAAUUCGAUGUUGAUGGCAAGUCAAGGUCAAUGGAUAGUGCACAAUCUCUAUUGUCUCCCUCUCAAAAUAAUUCUGACAGAUAUUUCCGACAAAAGGGUCCUCGCAUUGCUAAAGUGGUGAGAAGAAUCACUUGCAUUGUUGAAGCUCUGAAUUUUGGAGUUAUCCAGCCUGGAAACUUAUGGUGCGACACUCGGGCUAUUUACCCGAAGGGAUUUCGGAGUCGUACCAGAUAUAUAGAUGUUUUAGAUCCAACAAACAUGUGCUACUAUAUUUCUGAAGUUCUGGAUGCAGGACGAGAUGGACCUUUGUUUAUGGUCUCCUUGGAGCAUUGUCCAAGUGAAGUAUUUAUCCAUGUAUCAGCAGCCAAUUGUUGGAAAAUGGUUCAGGAAAGACUGAACCAAGAGAUUGCUAAGCAACGUAAGUUAGGAAAGACAAACCUUCCUCCACUUGUACCUCCUGGAAGUCUUGAUGGCAUGGAAAUGUUUGGUUUUUCUUCACCGGCAAUCAUGCCGGUUCUUCAAGCUCUGGACCGAGACAGAGUGUGCAAGGAGUACUGGAAAUCACGGCCACUUUCGCAGAUUCAACAAGGUUCUGCGCCUGGAGACAACCUGAAACCGACACCAAAACCAGAGGUCGAUAACGAAGCUGGAAAACGCCAUCUUCUACCCACAGGAGCUUAUGCAACACUUGCUGGCCUGUUUAAGAAAGCUAACCCUGAAGAACUUCAGGCACUAUACAGUUUAUUAAACAACAAUCCCUCGCCUUCUGAUCAAGGAUUAGUGGCUCGGGUUCUUCUUAGUGAUGAGAUUCAUAGACGGGGUAGAUGA